AAGCCGAGGCCGAGGCCCGCCCGCGCCGGAGAAAGAAGCGGCGGAAACGGCGGCAGCGGCAGCGGCAGUAGCAGUAGCGGCGGCGGCAGCGGCGGCCGCGCAGGGAAGUAACCGCCGCCCCUGCUCUGGGCAGCGCCCCGGACACGAGCGUUGUGCCGUAGCUCCCCGCCGCGCGGUCCUCCCGAUCGCGGGCAGCCGCUGCCCGUGUCCCUCCCUCUCUCUGAUUCUCUCCCUCCUCUCUCCGUGUUAACACUCUCUUCUGUGCUCUGGGGCCGUGGCUUCGGCCCUCCAGCGUAGUUACGGUCGGGGGAGGCCCAGGCCCGCCUCGAUUUCGGGGAGGCAGGAGGCGGCAGCCGCGUGCUUAUCCCCUCCCCCCUCCGACUCCCCCGAGUUAGGUAGGAUGGAAGUAGCGGGCGACCUUGGCCGAACCGCGGGAUAGGGGUGCUAGCCUUCCUGGGGGAAGAGAGUGACUGAGUGCCCACGGCCCGGCCGGGGAGACGGACGGAGGUCGCCUGCGAGGUCGGGCUUGAUUGACCCAGGGGGCUGGCCUCGGGCCUGGGGGACGGCGUCGGAUCCCAUCUGGCGACCUUGGCCUGGCGGGAACGAAGGAGCCGCUUGACUCUCUUGGGAAUGUGGACGGACUCUAACGGCAUUUGGCUCUAGAACCCGUGUUAAGUUGGUUUUACAGAAUUAUCAGGUCUUCGAGAAAAAAAAAAAUAAACAAACAGGUCAUUAUUGCUGUGGUUUGAGCUCAGCAUGGCUGUAGUCAUCCGUUUACAGGGGCUUCCUGUUAUUGCGGGGCCUGUGGAUAUUCGUCACUUCUUCUCGGGAUUGAAUAUUCCUGAUGGAGGAGUGCAUAUAAUUGGAGGAGAAAUUGGGGAGGCUUUUAUUAUUUUUGCAACAGAUGAAGAUGCACGACGUGCCAUGAGUCGGUCAGGAGGGUUUAUCAAGGACUCUCCUGUAGAGCUUUUUCUUAGCAGCAAGACAGAAAUGCAGAAUACCAUAGAAAUGAAACGAAAAAGAUUUGAUCGUGGAGGAAGAGAACUGAUAUCAGGCUCCAAAAGACCAGGAUCUAGUAGUUCUGGUACAUCAGGGGUUGGCAGCCUAUCUAAUUUAGUUGAGGCUAUUAAGAAAGGAAUAAAUAAACCUGGCUAUGAUCCUUCAGAUGAUCCAGAGGCUGGUUUUCAUACCAAUGGUACACGACAUGGUAUUACAGGGCCAAGAAAAGAAACACGUACAUUCAAAUCAGAUAACCGUUACUUAUUUUUACGUGGUUUGCCAUACUCAGCAACUGAAGAUGAAGUACGUGCUUUCUUUCCUGGAUUAUGUGUGGAUGGAAUCAUUUUACUAAAACAUCCUACUGGCCGAAAUAAUGGUGAUUGCUUGGUAAAAUUUGCUACAUCUCAUGAUGCUUUAGGAGGGCUUCAACGCCAUAGACAUUACAUGGGCUCAAGAUUUGUUGAAGUUAGUCCAGCUUCAGAGCAACAAUGGAUUGACUGUGGCGGUAGUGCAGAUAUAAAGGAUGAAGUUCAUUUCAGAAGUGAAGAGCGUUCUCCCCAAAGAGGAAUAAAUGAUGCACAUUCAAAAAAACGAUCACGAUCAAAGUCUCCAAGAAGAAUGAAAAGACGUUCUCGUUCCCCUCACAAAUAUGGAUUUUAUGUUCACUUAAAAAAUCUGUCACUGAGUGUUGAGAAGAGAGAUAUAAAAAAUUUCUUUAGAGAUACUGAUCUGGCCAGUGACCAGAUUAAAUUUUUGUAUAAGGAUCAGAAAAGAACAGGAUCUGCCUUUGUGAUGUUCAAGACAUUGAGAGACUAUAAUUCGGCUCUUGCAUUGCACAAAUUUAUAUUAUUUCAUCGUCAAGUUCUUAUCGAUCCUAUAUCUAAAAAAACAAUGCUGAAAUUCAUUGAAUGUUAUGAAAAGAAAAGAUCAGGGUCAGUUGGGAGAGAGAGACCUGGGCAUAUCCCAGAAAAAACCUACCGGGAAGGACAUUCUGGCCCGAAGCUGUGCAUAUAUAUAAGAAAUUUUCCAUUUGAUGUCACUAAAGUUGAGGUGCAAAAGUUCUUUGCCGGGUUUUCUAUUGAUGAGGAUGAUGUUUACUUGCUUUAUGAUGACAAAGGAGUUGGUCUGGGAGAGGCUUUGGUGAAAUUUAAAUCGGAAGAACAGGCGAUGAAAGCUGAAAGUUUAAACAGGCGAAGGUUCUUGGGAACAGAGGUAUUAUUAAGACUUAUAUCUGAGGAACAAAUGCAGGAGUUUGGUGUGAAUAUUUCAUCGAUCCCAAGUGAGAAAAUGCAAGACCAUUCACAGACACGAGAUAGAGAUGAACAUUCCCAUUCAGUUGAUCCACAAGGACCGUCUGUACAUUCAUUUGGCCCUCCUGGAAAAUUCCGGCAUCCCCCAGAGGAUUUUCGUCAACAACCUGACAAUUUUCGGCAUCCUCCAGAUGAUUUCCGGCACCCUCCAGACAGACACCCUCCAGAUGAUUUCCGGCACCCUCCAGACAGACACCCUCCAGAUGAUUUCAGGCACCCUCCAGAUAGGCAUCCUCCAGAUGAUUUCAGGCAACCUGAUAAUUUUAGACCUCCUCCUGAUGAUUUCAUGUGCCCACCUGAUGAUUUCAGAGGUCCGCGUCCUUUCAUGAAUUUUGGACCCCCUGAAGGUGAACCUUUUGGCAGGUUUGAUUUUGGAAACAAUAACAUGGGAGGCUUUCCAGAGGGAAGAUUUAUGCCUGAUCCAAAUUUUAAUUGUGGCUCAGGUAGAGUAACUCCUAUUAAAAUAAUGAAUCUUCCAUUUAAAGCAAAUGUCAAUGAAAUCUUGGACUUUUUCCAUGGUUAUGGAGUAAUACCGGAAUCAGUUUCAAUACAGUAUAAUGAACAAGGAUUACCAUUAGGAGAGGCCAUUGUUGCAAUGGUAAACUAUGAUGAGGCUAUGGCUGCUAUUAAUGACCUGAAUGACAGACCAGUUGGCCCACGUAAAGUUAAACUAAUUUUGCUCUGAGGCUACUUAUAAAUUGAAAUUCCUCUCCCCCCCACCCCCACAGUAUUGGUGCAGCAAAAUGCAUUUGUAUAAAAAAAAAGUGUUUAUUUUUAAUUACCAAAAAACCCCAAACCUUUCAUUUUGACCAUUUCUGUGAAUGGAGCAAGUUGUAAAUAGUGGAAUGUUUAGAUCUUUUUUUCAUAAGGUUUUUUUUUUUUGUGUGUGUGCAAAUUGCCAUCUAACUUUUUAAAUUUUUCAACUUCAUUAUGCUUUUAUUCUUUGACAGUGGAAGAUAGCACUAAUCCUUUAAAUGAUUUAUGUAAAUUGCAGUUUAACUUCAAGAAUUGAAAAGUAGAGUUGUAACAUAUUGGGAAAGGGACAUUUUAAUCCUUUUCACAGUCCACAGUAUCUUUAUACAAAUGUUUAAGGAAAUGUUAAAAUGAUUGUUCAGGUAUGACAUUUUCAGUGCUUACCUGACUGUACAAAUACAAUUUCCUAAUCUCCAACUGGGAUAAUACUGUAUUUAGUCCCAUGUUAAAUAUUUCAAAAUGGACAGAAUGUAAACUUGAAAAUUUCUUCUGUGAAAAUCUUAUUAGACUUGUUAAAUUGUUUCAUAUGUUCACAGGGAUUCUUAAAGUUUCCAUGUUCAUUACUUUACAGAGAAAAUAAAGAUACAGCUGAAUGGACCAACUA